UCGGCUUAAUGAGAGCACUUGGUUUGCAGCUCUAACCGCGCUAGAGUGUAGAGGUGCACUGGGUCUCAGGAGGGCCUCUGAAAUUAACAAUAACGAGACUGGCUGCACAAUAGACUCCUCGUCGGGCCCCGAAUUAGCCAAAUUUUUAUGCCAGAGAAAACAAGAACGGUGAAGAGAGGAACGCGUGUCAGGAAUUUAUAAAUGAUGAGCCCCAAUGUAAAUUCAUCACCUGUCCUGUUUCCUGUGUGUUAAUAUAUACGAGGGUGAAAAAUGCGCUGCGCCCGGGGAAAAGCGGAAACCGGCGAAAAUUUUGAAAGAAAUCAUUAGAGACGCAAUAAAAUAUGGAAACGAAACGAAAAAAAGGAUUCCGAGCGAUAAAAAAACAAUGCAUCUGUAUUUCAAUCUUUGCAUUAUCUUUUUAAGCGUUUCAAAGGCCUUUCUUUAUUUUCAUGAAUGAUCAUAAAUUAUUUUUGUAUCCGGAAUGCAAGCUCAUUUAUUAUUUUAAAUCUCCGUAGUCUGAAUCGUAGUGCUGCAAGUGAGUUUAACUGGAAAUAGUGAGUCAACCAGUAUCUUUCCUCAUUCCACUACGAUUAAUGUUUACUUAACUUAAACCACACGCAAUGCCAGCUGAUGCGACAUCAACACACAUCCGCCGUCACAUCAACUCUCUUAUCAUUCCCCUACAGAGAAACCUAAAAAGCGAGAUAAAGAUUUAGUGCAGAGAACAUUUUCACUAUAGGCAACGAUUCGUCAGUAUUAUCAUCCUCAGCAGCAUGGAAGAAAAUCAAUACACAAUAGAUUUUGAAUGAAUAACCAGCAUGUUCAAAAUUUAACUGAAGUCUUAAUAUGUUAAGGCCAACUAAAGAAUUCCAGCAAGCUUGGAUAUUUUCAAAAUGGAUCAAACGCCGACUGUGUUUGCGUCCUGGUAGUUCACUAUGGUUUUGAGAUGGAUCAAUUCCUGCGCCGAGAUGGAAACGAUGAAGACUUAAAAAAUUUGGAAAUAUCUUUCAAAAUAAACCGCAACUGCAAAUUUCGAGAUCUGCGCUCGCCCGAGAAGUAUUUUCUCUUACAACUUCUUUCGAACGACAAAAACUUGGCUAAUUUUUUUCAAUUAGCUGAAACCGUUCCUUCCGUUUUUAUUCUCUGUAUUUUGUCACAUGGUGGUAAAGGUGGUCAAAUUUUCACUGACAUAUGGGAUGAGGAGCAAAAAGACUAUCAAUAUUUCACAACUACAGAAGUUAUAAAUUCAGUCAAGCAACUCAGGAACUACAAAAAUUGCUUGAAAAUGUUGCUCUUUGGACCAUGUCGUGGGGAUAUUGAUGAUUCAGCUCACACUGUAGAGCAAAGUUUAGAAAAAGAGUACUCUUGCUGUAUAAAUUUUCAUCCCAACGAGGACAAUUUCAUUUUGGUUUACUCCACUGUAGAAACUACUUCUGCAAAUAGAAACAAGCAGGGAACUUGGUUGGUGAAAAAAAUAUGCGAAGAAAUGGACAAUUUACAGAAAGACGAGGUUCUACCCGUUUUUCUAACAAGAAUACAACACAACAUUCACCGACAAUCGACGUUUGAUAGCAAGGAAGUCUGCGGACAGACGCCUGAAAUCAAAUUAUACCCGCACCGCACUUUCUAUGUGCAAAAGUCUCCUUGCAAUAUGAGGAAAGAGAAGACAGACUUUUACUACCAGUGGCAGACUGAUAGCGGCGAAAAUUUACGAUCCAGAAAAGCAAUUAUUUUUUAUCAAAAUUUUACGGAACUUGUAAAAAACUUCAGUGCAGCUCUAAGCAAUAAUUUAGAUUUUGAAACAAGCAUUAGAUCAAAUUCAGUUGCAAAUUUGGAAUCAUAUUACAAAUUUGUUGAGGAUAAGCAACAAAGAGAAGUCGGCUGUAUUUUGACAUGCUUCUUUGCAAAAAUAUCAGAAGUUGCUUUGGGAAACGCAAGAGAAAUCUGUGUUAAUGUAGGGGGUGGAAGAAUUCCUUUGAGGGAAAUAAUCCACAGAUCGAUUGGACCAAAAAAUAGUAACUGGAUUGGAAAGCCAAAAAUAUUUUUCUUCGUCAACCAGUUGGCUGAGUCAGAUGCAAAAGCACAACACAAAUUUGUUGUUUUGGCGACAAACCAUAGUGGCUGGCUUAGUCUGAUUCUUCCCUAUGAAGAAUCAGCCAGCGAGCUCUUGGAGAUUCUACAAGGAACCAAGCUGAAGAGUGGCUCCAAUCUGCAACAGCUUCUAAGUGAAUUGUUGAACAAUCAAAUUUCUCAGCCAAGGGAGAACAGUCCUCUGCUAGUUUCCACCCUCCAGUAUCUCUUAGACUUUCCAGAUUGGCCAAGAAAUUUUGUUAAGCCAAACUUUGAAGAAUCUAAAGCUCUGUGCACUUUUGAUGAAUUGAUGCACAACUUUAAUCCUUACGGAGAUUACAAAGUCCAACUAAUUGUUGCUCCUGCUGGAAAUGGAAAAACAACAGUAAUGAGGGAAGUAGCCCAUAACAUGCAAAAAAUUUUCACAGAAUUGAAAAUUUUAUUGCUAAAUUUCGUCAAUCUUUAUGGAUUCUUGUAUCAGAUGUCGAGAAAAAAUUACAGUUUGACGGAGUUAAUAUUAAGCUACCCAGGAAAUUCUUUAAGCAAAGAAGAAGUUGAUGAUUUCGUUGAGAAUAAAAGGGGUUUAUUAUUUAUUGAUGGAUUUGAUGAAAUAUGUCCAGAUCUGCGAACUGAAGCAUUGAAUGCUGUUCAGAAAAUUGCUGGAAAACAUAUUCACCUCUGGAUAUCCACUCGACCGGAGGAAGAAAAAGUGAUUGUGGACGGACUAAAAUUGACCAAAGUUCAAACUCGAGUACUUGAAAUAAAACCUUUUAGCCAAGAGCAGCAACUGGAACUUCUGGAAAUGGUGACACAUAAGAGUGAGCAGGAAUGCAUUGAAAUGUUAGAAAGUUUCAAGAAAGACGUCUUACAGAACCCACUGCACUUGACGAUGAUCUCAGAGUGUGGAAAGGCGCUCAAUUUGUACGAAAUUUACGAUAAAGUGAUCUUGAGCAAAGUGCGGAAGGCGCUGAUUGAGAGAGAGGGACAUCUGGAGGACGGAAGACUGACUGCGAAAGUUGAAAGGCGUCUCCAAUUACUGCAGAAUUUGUGCUCAAUGUACCUGAUCGGGGGUCGAUUUAGAGAUUAUGAUGAAAUUGGAGCAGCGGAAAUCAACAGCACUGGAAUCGCAACCGUGGUCGAGUUGCCCCGCUUUGAUGGAUCUGGCAAGCAAGGCCGCCUGCAGUUCAUCCACCUUUCAUUCGCAGAGUUUCUCGCCACCAGAGCCCUCUUUACGUUUCUUAAAAUUACGGACCUGAAGGUCAUAGAGCGUUCAAACGAUUUGAUUAACAAGAAAUUGAGGGAGCAUUACGGUGUAUACGUUCACAAUGAAUUGCACCAGUCCAGAGUUUUUGCCGAGAUUUUUGCCUGCACCGACGGUUUUCACGAUACAGAAUUGGAGCGUAAAUUGCACACCUACUUGCAAAACUUAUUUUCGUGGGUAGUUCCAAAGAAAAGGGCAUUGGCGACUUUUGCUGGGGAAGGAUUGCGCCACGUUUUUGUAGCUAUGGAGAAUCGUUACACUUUCAAUGUACUUGAAAAGGAUUCCAAAAUUUUCAUAGAGCAGAGCAAUCUGCUUUUAGGAGCCGCUUGUUGGAAAAGUGAGGAAAUAUCAUUGAAACUUUUGAAAAUGGGAGCACUUAAUAAUUUAAUAAAUAAGUCUGACGCCUUGUCUGCAAUUUUGGAAGACGUUGUGCAACAGAAUUUUUUACUCUUGUACGAUCAACUUCGAAAACUCGUCCCUGAACUGCUAGAGGAGAUCUUGAAAAGGAAAAGUUUAGAUUUGUGCUUCGAAGCAGCUAAAAAAGGACAUUUCCAAAUGCUGACCUGGUUGUUGGACGGUGGAGUCGAUAUCAACAAGAAAAAGGGAUACUGGGAGCAAUCAGCUUUGCACGUUGCCUGCUUCCGAAGUGACAUUGAUAUCGUUCGAUUGCUUCUAGAAAGAAAAGCAGAUGUUGAUAUUGGAAACAAAUACGACCAAAAGCCAUUGCACUACGCCGCUAGAGAGGGUCACUUGGAAGUCGUGAAAAUACUUCUUAAUAACGGGGCAACUGUUGAGGCAAAGAGUGCAAAAGGUGUCACUGCCAUCCAUCUGGCGGCAUGGAAGGGCCACCUGAUGGUGCUCAAGUUUUUGCUCAAGAAGUGUGACAAGUCAUUCAUUAGAGUUUGCGACUCACAAGGAUUCAACGUCCUGCAUUAUGCAGCGCUCGGAGGGAAUCUUCCGGUGGCUGAAUUUUUAAUAGCGGAGGACAAAUUUUUGAUUCGCGGAAGAACGAAUAAUGAAGAAACCACACUUCAUAUGGCUGCGAGAGGUCCGAGUCCUGAAUUGUGUCAGCUGCUUGUGCGAAGUGGAGCUAGUGUGCUUGCUGUCGACAAGAACGGGUUUAAUGCUAUUCACCACGCUUGCUCGAAUAGCUCCCUAAAAAAUCUGUCCGUCUUGGAAUAUCUCAUCAGUCUCGGUGACCUCAACAUUGAAUCAAGAACCGUCAAUGGCAGAUCAGCUCUGCAUUUGGCAACUGAGGAGCCACAAUACUUUCUAAAAGAUGUUUAUAAAAAUGAAAUGAUGAAUCGUGCACGCAUCAAAAUGGUCAAAAUGCUAAUCGAGCGGGGAGCAAAUAUUUUGGCUACAGACGGCCAGGGUUGCAAUGCUCUUCACUUUGCGACGCAGGCAUGCAGCUCUAAAUUGACAUAUGAAGUGAUCGAGUUUUUGAUCAAGAAGGACAAGAGGCUGGUGACAGAAGCACGCGUGCCAUUUAAUGUGGACUUGUAUUGCCAUGCUCUGCUUCGAUCAGAAAGUGGGUUUUAUGAUGACGAAAUUAUCAAGUUCGAUCCAGAUAUUUCAAAUAAGAAAUGCUCAAUUAUGGGUCAAGCAGAGUUUAGCGAUUUUGAAAGCAUCCUGUUCGCUUAAUUCUAAAACUGUUAAAUAAAAUUUAAUUUGA